GGGCCGGAGGGACGCGCCGCCCCAGGCAGGCCCGGUCUGUCCCGCCCGCCGCCACCCGCCGGUCGUGGCUCCGACAGAGCGGCCCGAGCGGUACGCUCAGCAACGGCCUUGAUUUUUAAAUUUCUAAGCAGAGAAUGAAGAAUUAAAACCCCCCCCAAACUGUUUUAGUGAUCCGCACUGGAAUAGAGUAUGGAGUCAGUGACCUCUUUUGUGUUGAGGGGCAAAAUGGUUCAUGCCGAAGCGUUUUCACGUCCCCUGAGCCGGAACGAAGUGGUCGGAUUAAUUUUUCGUUUGACCAUAUUUGGUGCUGUAACAUAUUUUACCAUAAAGUGGAUGGUUGAUGCCAUCGAUCCCACCCGAAAGCAGAAAGUCGAAGCUCAGAAGCAGGCUGAAAAACUGAUGAAGCAAAUUGGAGUGAAAAAUGUCAAGCUUACUGAAUAUGAAAUGAGUAUUGCUGCACAUCUCGUGGACCCACUUAGUAUGCAUGUCACCUGGAGUGAUAUUGCAGGCUUAGAUGAUGUCAUUACAGAUUUGAAAGACACUGUCAUUCUGCCUAUCAAGAAGAAAUAUUUGUUUGAGAAUUCCAGACUCUUACAGCCACCAAAAGGAGUUCUUCUCUAUGGCCCUCCUGGUUGUGGCAAAACUCUGAUCGCCAAAGCGACGGCCAAGGAAGCAGGUUGUCGAUUUAUUAACCUCCAGCCUUCAACACUGACAGACAAGUGGUAUGGAGAGUCUCAAAAACUGGCUGCUGCUGUCUUCUCCCUUGCUGUAAAGCUCCAACCAUCCAUCAUUUUCAUAGAUGAAAUAGAUUCCUUCUUGCGGUGCCGGUCCAGUUCUGACCACGAAGCCACAGCUAUGAUGAAAGCCCAGUUUAUGAGUCUCUGGGAUGGGCUGGACACAGAUUUUAACUGCCAAGUGAUAGUGAUGGGAGCCACCAACCGUCCCCAGGACCUUGACUCUGCCAUCAUGAGAAGAAUGCCGACCCGCUUUCACAUCAACCAGCCUGCUCUGAAACAAAGAGAAGCCAUCUUGAAGCUCAUUUUGAAAAAUGAAAAUGUGGACAGGCAUGUAGACCUCCUGGAGGUGGCUAAAGAGACCGAUGGCUUCUCAGGCAGUGACCUGAAGGAGAUGUGCCGGGACGCAGCGCUCCUCUGCGUCAGGGAGUAUGUCAACUCUGCCUGUGAAGAAGAAAGCCACGAUGAAGAUGAGAUCCGGCCUGUGCAGCAGCAGGACCUCCACAGGGCGAUUGAGAAGAUGAGGAGGUCAAAGGAUGCCACCCUGCAGAAUGUUUUGAUGCACGUUAGUUUAGAUUAAGAGAAAAGAAUGUGUUUGCAGUUUCUGAUGGGAUUUAAUUUGACUUCUGUAAUCAGCAAAACCAAUGUUGGGGUGGGAGCCGGAAUGUUCCUUGAAUUAAGGGAGUUCUGUUUCUGGAAUUGUUUUUAUACAACAAAUUCUAAGUUAUUGAUAUAUCCUCAUGCCUCAACUUAGAAAUGUCACAAAUAGUUCAUGAAGUGGAACAAUUAUAGCCCAGACCAAGAGCAACUGCCCGUGUCCUGUCCCAGAAUGGAGCCACACUGUGUAGCCUUAAAGCAGGCUCUGAGGGGGUGAGGGGAGGGGUGGGAGGGUGAUGCAGCCCCAGGGGGAGUCAUCCCAGCGUGUGUUCAGUGUACAUAGCCACACAUUUUUUAUAUGCAGAUACAAUCUUUAGGUAACAUAGAGUAUGGAAAAAUGUUUUCUACUUGGCUGAGUCAAACCCAAUCAGAAGACGUCUGGAUUAAAGGCAUCAACGCUCAGUUCACAUUCACUUCUUCCUUUUAGCAGCAAGUGCAAAGAUAGAAAUUCUGCUUCCAGGGUAACUUUCAGGCAAAAGCUGCAACGUUGCUGACUCUUUUUCUUUCACGUGACCACUUGAAAUCUGGUGCCAUUUAGUGAAGAUAGUAAACUACUGUAAAGAUGUUGGAAUACUUUUUCAUUUUGUAUGAAUUCUGCUUUUUGAAGCUUUUGAAAUGGAAUGCUGUUUUUUCUUUUAAUUUUUCCUUUGAUGAGAGUAACUAGAGUAGAACCUCAACUGGCCUUUCAUGAAGCCCCACCUGGCAGAAGCUCUGAAGCUGUGGCUCUCUGCUCUGGUCUGUGCUGCAAGGAGGACUUGCUGCUGCCUCACCCCCCUGGCAGAGCCCUCGCACCAGCACGUGUCCUACCCAGAGCUCUGAGCCUGGGGGGGAGGUCUGGUGACAUUUUGCUCUGUCACCUGCUCUGAGCUGCAAAACCCAGAAGAAGGGGAUGGGUCUGAGGUUUCUAAGUGUGAUUUUUGCAACAUUCUGCUGUACUUGCUGGCAACACUUCUGGUCGGUUCCUGUAACGUUACGUAGCGAUAAAGGCAAAGGGUUAAAAAUAUAAGUGGCAAAAGUGUUUCGGUGAA